UGGCCUAGUAGCCAAAUAAUGUAAUCUUACUCAUAACGUUUAGGUUCUAACGGCCAGAUUAAAACUGGAUUGAUGCAGUUUCAGUUUAAAUGACAUUUCUCCUAAGAGUCAGAUCAGAUUAGCCACUCCUCCGUUAGGUUAGCACACGGAUACUGACAAUGAUUGUUAACGGUUAGCAUUAAGCUAACACUUGGUGUUCACUCCGAAAGAUGGCUGGGGACUUGAAAGAUUUCGUGCUUGAGAAAGCCGAGCUGCUUUCCACUCGUUUGAAAGAGGCCUUGUCUUUGGGAAAUGAAUACGUUCGGGCCCAGUUCGGAAUCUAUUUGGAUCUGAAGCCUGAGCUGUACCCGACAUGGGUAAUCCUGUCCACGGCUGCGUUUGGAGUCCUGCUGUUACUCAGCUUGUCCUGGGCCGCUGUCUGUGGCGGUCUGCUGGCCGGGAAAAAGCGGGGAUCCCCGAUCACCCAAGGCAGCAGCGAGCCCGACAAGGCCACUGUGGCUACACCUGCCAAACCAGAGGAUCAGAAGAAGAAAAACAAAAAGAAAACGCGUGAUAAGAAGGCUCAAUCUAAUGGACAACCAGUGACUGGAGAUCAAGAGGAAGUUAAAGCGACUGAGGGAGUUCCCAAGCUUGCCCCUCUGGAGAAGGUGCAUGAGGUACUGGCCCCAGUGCAGGUGAAAAAGAACAAGAAAAAAACCAAGGCAGAUGUGAAACAAGCCCAUAAGGUGUCCACAGCUGAUGGGAAGGAACAUGAUGAAGGUGCAUGGGAGACCAAAGUUAGUAACCGAGAGAAGAAGCUGCAGCGAAGGAAGGACAAGGGCCCUGAGGACUCUGGCAGCCCUGGAGGGGUCGAUACCCCAAAGACCAACGUGGAGACUCCUGUAGCAACAGCACCUACCAACUCCAAGAAGAAUAGAGGGAAAAAAGAGCCACUGAAUUCAAGAAACACCGGAAAGGUGGAUGCGUCCACUGGAGCUGUGUCUUCCAGCUGGAGAGAGGAGACUUCAGUCAAUGGUGGAGGUUGGACUGACAUUUCUUUGAUCCCAGGUCAGAUGGGUGCAAUGGAAGGUACCAAGUGGAGUGCCAUUCCGGAGACUGCUCACUACAGAGCCCCACCUAAGCGCCAGUCAUGGGCUCAGGAGACCCAAGCUGCAUGGAGUGGUAUGGAUGGCCAGAUGAAGACUAAUCUAAACCCCGUCUCCUUCUCCAUGCUGGGACGAAACAACACAGACCAGAUUUCAAAUUCCAUGGAUCUCCAGUGGGCGAGCAGCCCUGAUGUUUAUGAUGAAUGGUCUGGAUUCAAUGGCACUGCAUCAGCGGACCCCAGCUCAGAUUGGAAUGCCCCUGCGGAGCAUUGGGGAAACUACGAGGAGCCUCCUGUUCUGCUGACACCAGCACCUCCACCAAAGGAACAGCCUGUCUCCCACAAGGUAUCAGAGGAUGAGAAGGACACUGAGGAUCCCUCUGACGGGGCAGCCAAAUCAAAGAAGAAGAAAAAGAAGAAGAAGAAAACUGAAGACGAGGCUACAUCUGAGGCUCCGAUGUUGACCCCUGCACCCCUGGUUGAAACGGACACUCCCCUAGAGCUCCCUAUGCUGGUCUCUAUAAAGCAGAAUCCAAGCAUAUCCACCUCACAGAAGAAGUCUGAACCAACUGUGGAGCCUCCGAAGCCCUCCCAGAUGAGGAAGGUUCGAAGGAAAACAUGAAGUCUCAGCACAGGUCCAUACGAAGCAUAUGCAAAUGAUUGUUAAAUGUGUCACAUGCAAUAAUUACCAGGUACAGAGCUUCUUUCAGAGAUACAUCAACAGUUUAUCAGUUAAUAAAACAAAGAGAAAACAGGCAGUAGAUGUGUUAUGCUUGGCUUAACAAAGUGAUGAAAUGUGGUCCUAUGGACUGAAAUCUUAACAAAUUUGCACUAUUUGCUACACUGCAACCAGGGUGGAGCUUCAGGGGAGGUUGUGGUAGUGAAGGUACAUGUUUAUGUAACCCUUUCUUUCUUUGAUAUCAAAAGUGUGUUGUUGUUUUUUCACCAAUAGUUUAAAUUAUGGUAUUUUAGUUUGACUGCAGUUAACCUAAAAAUACAUGACAGGUUUAUUUAAACGUAUGCAACAAGAGAAACAUACAUUUUUUUACUCCCCCCCCAAAAAUGCUCUUAUUUCUUAUACCAUGCUGAUGCCCGAUGUCAGUUACUGACCUGUGUUGUAGUAAAUUGUAUUUCACAGCUGGUCUCGGAUCAGGAUUGGUUUUGAUUUUUGAUUUUUUUUUAAGUCUGUCUCUGUACAAGAAGCAAAUGCCUUGAUAUCACUAUUACUGACUGCUGAAGCCUUAUAUUAGAUAUUAUAAAUGGAUUUCUUACAGUGUGUUCACUUUACAACAGAAUCGGCAUCAAACUAAUCGGAGUGGAAUCGUCUAUUCUUAAAAAGAUGUUUUCCCCAACCUCAUUUAAUUAGAAGAACUCUUCUCGUUGGCUGUAAUAGUUUAAAAAAGCUCCUUAUAAAUGGGAUGGCAGCAGAGGUCAGGUAGAAUAACAAGCUGGUUGGAGUGGUGGGAAGUUUCACAGAAGCAUAAAGUAUCGUGGAGAUAAAAUCACUUCACUUCACUGUCCAUCAGAUGAUGGUAUGUUCCAAAGAUGUAUGGCUUUGAGCAGAUAUUGUUGAAUACACUGAAGACUGAACUUCAGUUAUCUGAAGAGGUAUGAAGACACUGAAGAAGCGUGUUUAGCAAAUUUGUUGAAAUUAUUAGGAGUCUUAGGAUCACAUCGUCAACUGAAAAGACACAAAAUGAUCAGUCGUGGAUUAGAGCAGAUACUUUUCUCAAAGAUGUCGAUAAGUUUGAAAUUUGUAAAUCGAUUCUGGCUCGACAUCAGGGACUGUUGAUAACUCUUAUAUGGAGAGCACAGUAGCUAGUUUGAACCACCAGGUGGCACUGUAAUGUGAAGUAAAGAUGUAGUGGGGUAAUCCCAUAAGUCAGUAGCACUGAUAACUAUUGUGUCUCUCUACUUUUAUCAUUCUGAGUGUGUCUGUUUUUAUCUGACUAAACUGUGCGUUGAUUUUCUAUAGACUUUAUUGUCCUUUUUGCACUCUAUAGUUUUUUUAGAGCAUUUUUCUUCCAGUUUUUGUGCUCAAAAAAGCCAUGCCAUAUGUACAGAUUGUAAGGGCUUUUUCCAGUUCUGUGAUUGCACUGUGCAAAAGGCAGUAAUGAGUUCCUUUGAUGUCAAUGAAUUGUUUUUUACUACCUUUUUUUGGAAUGUGAAACGUGUAACUUUAAAGGUUUGCACCUGACUUCCGGGAUAUAUGAUUUGGGGGGGGGUUGGGUGGGAGGUUGACCUAAAUUAAGAAUGAAUACAUAGAAAUAUGUUAUGGAGCAGCUUUAAUUUUACAUCAAAGUUGGUUUAAAAAAAGACAGACACACACAAUUACACAUAUUUAACAUAUAUGAAAGGAAUUUAAUUCCAUUGCCUUAACCUGUAGUUGUAUAGAAAGUACAUUGGCAUCCUUUUUUAUAGUUUCCAACCAGUUGCAAGUUUUUGAUGUCAGAAAGUAAUUUGAUCUUGCAUGUCUUUGAUAAUAGUACCUGUGUACAUGAAAUUAAAUGAUCUUGCUUUAACUGUUAGUACUUGUUCCUGGAGUACAACCCAGUGUAUAUACUGUACUAGCAUUUUUAAUGAGACAAAUUGCAGCUUUUUUCCGUGGGCCUCAAACUUAGUGGACAUUAACAGGAUUGUGUUUGUAGGCAGAGAGUCUUAGAGGAUCGAGAUGUUGAUCAGAUGGUAUUGAUAUAUAGUGUUUGGUAGACCUGAUGAUAGAACAAAAAUGAAAUGUUGCUGUGGCUUCAGGCGCCCUACUUUUGUUUAAUUUUUACUGAUGAUUAAGGUUCAAUCAAUGUAUUUAUAAACUUGUCUCUAGGAAUGAUUUUGUUUAUUGAGAGGAUACAAAUGAUAUUUCUAUGUUUGUUUGGUAAAAAUGAAAAAUAAAGAAGAAUUGCUUGA